AUGCUUGUUUCUCAACACCUGUCUGCUGAUGGUCCUCUGUUCUCGGACCCUACACUUUACAAAUCUCUUGUGGGUGCUCUACAAUACUUGACAAUCACACGUCUUGAUAUUGCUCAUGUCGUAAAUUCAGUUAGUCAAUUUCUACACUCUCUGACUGAAGAUCACUUUCAAGCUAUCAAACGCAUUCUUCACUAUGUUAAGGGUACACUACACUUUGGACUUACUUUUCAUCCAUUUGCCACUCUUGGUGCUUUAGCUGCCUACUCAGAUGCAGAUUGGGCAGGCUGCCCUAAUACUUGUUGCUCCACAUCGGUCUAUUCCAUUUAUCUUGGUGACAAUUUGGUCUCUUGGAUUGCCAAGAAACAACCCACUGUCUCUUGCUCCAGUUGUGAAUCUGAGUACCGUGCCUUGGCUCUCACUGCCGUUGAAAUUCUCUGGCUCACACACCUCCUUCGUGAUAUCAAAGUUUCCCUUCCAUAG